GGGUAUGGAUUAUAUUAGUCGACGUAUGUAUAUAGUAGGUCCUUUCACAUUUCAUAUACAAACAAAUCUAUUUGUUAACCUCUAAUUUUCCUUGUGGAACUUCUCAAAUUCUGUAAAGAAGUUCUGAUGCGCAGCAUACGAGAAAGUUUUCAGUAUGCAAUCGUAUUUGACAUAUAAACGAUUCGGAAAAUUAACCGAAGCGCAAUUCGAGAGGGAUAGAUGGAGGGCCGAGGCGCUGGAGAGGGGCAAUAAAGAUUUGCAAUCUGAGAAUCGGAAUUUGGAUGUGAAUGGAAGGAAUGGGUUAGGAGGGAAUCGUCAUUCUUCUUCUUCGUCUUCUUCCUCUGACAAUACAGGAUCGUCGUCGGUCUCGGAGCUGCAUACGCAUGAUGUUGAGAAAGCAGAGAGGGGUAUAUCAAAGGCACCUUCACUGAAUUCUUCUACCGGAGAAAAUGUGUAUAGGGAGAAAAAUGAUGCAGAACACGAACAAGAACAAGACGAUGAAAAUGGAAAUGCAAACGGCAACGCGAGAUCAGAACCCCUUGAUCGGAUUGCUACCCGAGCGACCGCACACACAACGCGCAGUUUUGGAACACGAUUGGGGUACACACUAACAGGUAUCGAAGUACGAGAAUUAUCCGAACAGUUAACGAGGACGCGGACGGCAGCCAAGACCAAGACGCAAUCCAAAUCGAAGCAAAACUCCCACCCAAACGAUGCGGGAAAUGAAAAAGAAGGGCCUAGAGAAACAGUCUUUGUUGUCGGUUAUGAAGGCUCGAAAGAUCACAUGGAUCCGCAUAAUUGGUCGCUGUGGCGUCGAGGUUUCUGCACCAUCAUGAUUGCGUCGAUUGGAUUUAUAGUCGGGUUUGCGUCGUCGAUUGAUAGCGCGGCGUUGACGCAGGCGGCGGAGGAUUUUGGCGUGAGUGAGGUUGCGGAGUCGUUGGCGACGGGAUUGUUUCUGGUGGGAUUUGGUCUCGGUGCUUUGUUUGCUGGACCGAUAUCUGAAACGAUCGGGAGAAACCCAGUCUACAUUUCUACUCUCUUCAUAUACAUGAUCUGGAUCAUGGCAUCCGCGCUGGCACCCAAUCUCACGGCCCAACUCAUCUUCCGCUUCCUAGCCGGAUUUUUCGGCUCCACCCCACUCACCUGCGCAGGCGGAUCCAUCUCAGAUCUCUGGUCGCCCAUGGAGCGAGUAUACGCCUUUCCAGUCUUCGCCAACGCCGCAUUCAUGGGGCCGAUUUUCGGGCCCAUCGUUGGCGGUUUCGUCGGACAAUCUCAACUCGUGAGUUGGAGAUGGUGCGAAUGGAUCACGUUGAUUCUUUCCGGGUUGAUUCUCCUCCUCAUCACACUCUUUCAACCCGAGACGUUUGCGCCCAUUCUGCUGAAAUGGAAAGCUGCGCAUCUGCGCCGCAUAACGGGCGACGAGCGAUUUGUCGCCGAGGUGGAAAUUAGAGCCGAUCCAUUCAAAACGAGAUUAUUAAGAGCACUAUAUAGACCCUGUCUUCUCAUUACGCGCGAACCCAUUGUGAUGCUCUUCGCGCUCUAUCUCACCGUUGUAUACAUCAUCCUCUUUACCUUUCUCGACGGAUACACAUAUAUUUUUGGCGAAACCUACAAUUUCAGCGAAGGGCUCACCGGUCUCGCAUUCCUCGGUAUCGCCAUCGGGCUUUGUUUCGCCACCUGUCUCGUUCCGCUGAUUCACCACUGGGCGAAGAAGGAUCUUGCAGCUUUGCACGCCAUCCAUGGAGAAAGCGCAAGACUGCCCCCGGAAAAAAGACUCUGGUUUGCCAUGUUCGGCGCCCCCUUUAUCCCCAUCUCGCUUUUCUGGAUGGGCUGGACGAAUUAUCCAUCGAUUUCUCCAUGGUCGGGUCUCGUAGCUUCGUUGUUUUUUGGAUUCGGAAUCCUGUGUAUUUUCAUAAGUACAUAUCAGUAUAUUAUCGAUUCCUAUGAAAUGUACGCGGCGUCCGCAUUGGCGAGUUUGACGCUGGUGAGAUAUGUGGCUGCGGGGGGGAUGGUGGAGGUGGGGAUUCCUUUUUAUGAGAAUUUGGGCGUGCAUUGGACGCUGACGGUAUUGGGAGGGAUAAGUGCGGUGAUGGUGCCGGUGCCGUAUCUGUUUUAUGUUUAUGGGGAGAAAGUGAGGGGAUGGAGUCGCUUUGCUGCGACGCAUUAGAGACUAGAAGGAUAUGGGAGGAUUAGAUUUUAGUGGGAAUGUUGGAUUUGGAUUUGAGUUUCAUGCGUUGGAAAGUCAAUCGUGUUUAGAAAGCGUAAAUAUAAUAUCAGCGGGAGUGAAAGGCAGGUCAUAUAUGAGUAUCAGACAUGCUUUAUAGAUAAGUCAGAGUAAAUAUUAGAUAAUGAUGAUGAAUAAAGAGCAACA